AUGCAAGUGGCGGUACAUCAAGACGACGCUGAUAUCUUGCUCAAGCAAAAGAACAUUCUUAAUGAAGAUGUUGUGGAAAAGUAUAGAGUCGCGGGUCAAAUCACUCAAACAGGAUUGACAUACCUUACAUCCUUGAUCAAUAACUCCUACCAUUUGGGAACCACGGCUAAGUUGACGAUUCAGCAACUAUGCCUCUUAACUGACUCAUUUUUGGCUGAAUUGUUAUCAAAACACUACAAUAAAAAGGUUGAUGAGAAGGGUAUAUCAUCUCCCACUACGAUCAAUGUUAAUGAAUUAUUGAUUGGAUUUGCACCUGAAAUCGAUGACGAGAGAGGCUUGUAUUUGAACGAGGGUGACGUUGUAACAGUAAGUUUGGGAGUUCAAAUCGAUGGUUAUACAUCCAACUUGACCCACACGUUGGUCAUAUACCCAACAAAUGCCGAAUUGAAACCAAAUGGACCAUUGUUGGGCAAUAACGCCGAUGCCAUUUGUGCCACGCAUAUUGCCACCGAAGCUGUUGUUGCUUUGCUCGGGGCCUCUUUGUCACCAGAAAAGAUUCCAAAUCAGCUCAAAAACAACUCAAAUGCAAUCACUGGUACCCAGAUCCGCCAACUUGUCGAUGCAGUCGCCGCGUGCUUCAAUUGUGUUGUUGUUCCAGGAUCAAAAGUUAGACGAAUCAGGAGGUUCUUAGCUGGACAAGCAGAAGGAAUUGUUGCUGAGCGUGAUUUCAAAGGUGUGGUUUGGGAUGAGUCGCAUCAAGAAGCUAGUCUCUUGAAACAAAGUGCACCUCAUUCUACUGAAUUGAUAGCCACCAGCGAGGCUAAACCAGUUUCCACUUCCACUUCUAGUGCUAUACCUACCGAUGAGUUUGUUGUUGUUCCUGGCGAGGUUUACCACGUGGAUAUACGUAUGUGUGGAGUAAACUCUGAGGAAUUGGGAAUAGUUACAACAGAAGAGAUUGAUCACUUUACAGGAAAGAAUAAUAAGCAGGAAUUCACCUCCAAAGCGUCAAUAUUCAUUCGUGAUUUUGCCGUUGUCCAUCAGUUGAAGUUGAAGACGUCAAGGAAGCUUUUGGGUCAGAUUGACAAAUCAUUUUCUGUAUUCCCCUUCAAACUUGAUUUUGCCAGCAAGGCUUAUCCAAUCAAAGUUGAUGCAACUGAAGAGGCAAUAAGGAUUCAAAUAGAUCAAUUGAGAGAAGAUUUGAAAAAUUUCAGAUUAGGUGCUGCCGAGUUGAGCAACCGUCAUCUUAUACAAAGUAAACCUAUACAAAUCACCAAGUUUGUUCCUUUGAAGGAGAUCUUGUUAACUGCUAAUCCAACGGGUAAACACGGUAUCGAUGCUGCCAAGCCUGUCUUACCCGGUAUGGAGAUUCCAUUGCCACAAUUGAACAUAUCGUCAAUCAAAUUGAAAUCGUUAUUGAAAAAAGGUCACAACAUAGCCAAUGUGAGAGAAGCUACAACGGUAUUGAUAAAUGACCAAUCACAAGAGGUUUUGAGGUUGAACGGAGGAGAGACAACAGCAAGAGUUAAUUGGAUACAUUCGCAAUACAGGCUAUCCAAUGAGUUGAAUGAGGUGAUUACUCACUUGGUUCAAUUGACAAAGGACAAGCGUUUUGGUAUCAAAUUGAAGGAGGUUGGUCCCCACAAAAUGACACAGCAAAGUUUAGGAGUAGAAUCUAUGCAAAUGGAUUAA